CAACUGUGCAAAACUGUUUCCUUCGAAGAACAAGAAGUUUCGCACGUCAAAAAAAAAGCACCUGCCUUAUAAGCUACAGUGCAUUUUUGAUCCCUCAAGCAGCAACAUGGAGAAAUUCCGAAUGGUCUUCCAGUACUUCCAGUCAAAUUCUGAGUCAGUGAUGAAUGGAAUUUGUGGGCUACUGGCCCUGGGAAGUGUAAAGAUCUAUACCUCUUUUGACUUUAAUUGUCCAUGCAUGCCCAAUUAUAAUAUGGCAUAUGGAAUGGGUAUCAUGUUUAUACCACCUAUGAUUCUGUUUUUCUUGGGAUUAAUCCUUAACAAACAAUCUCUAAUAAUACUUGAAGAACUGAAGAGACCACCUGGCCCCCGGAAAAAGAAUUCAUCUGUUCUCAGAUAUAUGUUCUUUGCAAUGACCCAACGAGCCAUGGUUGCACCUGUUAUUUGGAUUAUUAUAGCUUUAUUGGAUGGAAAAUGUGUUAUCUGUGCUUUCAGUGGAUCUGUUGAAACACAGAAAUUUGGAGGUCUUUCUAAUCUAACAGGAUCAGAGCUGCAACUUUUGCUGGCUAAAGUACCAUGCAAGGAUGAUGAAAUCAUGAAAGACAAUCCAUACAGAAAAGCUGUGUCUAGGUAUCUUAGAUGUUGGUCACAGGGUAUUGGGUGGAGUAUUCUACUUAUCUUGAUAAUGGUAGCAGUUAUCGCUCGCUCAUUGAAGCCAUGUUUUGACCAUGCAGCCUUCCUGCAGACCCGAUACUGGAGUAAUUACCUGGAUCUUGAGCAGAAGAUUUUUGAUGAAACUUGUUGUGAGCAUGCCCGAGAUUUUGCUCGCAAGUGUAUCAUUCAGUUUUUUGAGAGUAUGCAUGAAGAGCUGAAGAAACGAGAAGAAAUGAAAGAAGGAGAAGAGGAUCAUUUGCAUGGGAUAACCAACUGUGAGCAGAUGAACCGACUACUGAAGUCUUGGUACCGCAGCAAACCUGCCUUAGAUGUGACUCAAACUGUCCAGAGACAGCAGGGCAAGGCUCAGGUGACAAUAUCCUGGGAUGACUCCCAGAGUAGAAGUUGGUAUGUCACUCAUGACACAGGAAAUUCCAAACAAUCACAUGUUUAA